AAAAAAUCACCUUCCCCCGUAUCAUCUAUCAAAAUGUUUAUAGUACACGCCCUCUACCCCAGUCUCGGCCUUGUUUUUCUCCGAUUUUGUUUCAUCGUUCGUUGGCCCCCCUCCUUCCAACUGAUGGGACGCAGUCGUAGAAGACCGGUACGCCCACGCGGACAAGGAAACGCAACUAUCACCGCGGUGGCGAACACAGCAUAGGCAGAAGAUCUGCUUGCACUUACCGUUUCAAGAAGAAGUAGACAAGAGCUUCCUGCUUUCUGAUGGCUCCUCAGCAGGACAGCACCGCUCCGCCGCGGCCGAUGCGUGGCAGCAGUCCUCCUCAGAGCAGCGCGCGCGAUGCGGCUCUGCAGGACGAUGACGAUGAUGACGUUAAUGAUGCUCCAGCGAAUAACAACAGGACGGUGUCGCAAACCUUGGACAACAUCGAGUUUUCUAUGCCACUAGGCGCUCUGCAGUCACAGGGCGUGUUCUCGUCUUCUGGGUCCGGGGGACCGGACAAUUCGUUCUCCAUGUCAAGGUUACUGAUGAAGGACGAGAGAACGGUGGACAUGUCCAUGGGUGCUCCGCUUGCUGGAAAUAGCGGCUCCGCGGCUGCUCGCGGGGUCCGCAGUGCAACUUCUCCGGGCGGCAGUGUUGCUGUGAGUAACGCUGCGUCCAAGGCAAUGAACAACGACGAUGCGGACCUCGACGCUUUGAUUGGUGGCCCUCGGGGCGACAGGCUCCGGGAAAGCAGGAUGAGCCGGCAACUGCAAAAGCAGCAGAUGAAGUCCGGGGCGUUGCGCACCGGAGCGCCGGGAAACAAAUUUUCCUCUUCUUCGAUGCAGUCGGCUGGGGGUGAAGUGACGCCUUAUUUGGCGUUCUUGCAGGCCGGGGGGCUGGACGCAGUAGAGAUGAACUACGACUACGCCAGGAUAGUAGAUACCCCGCAGCCGCGACCAUCGUCGGCGCCAGAUAAAAUGAACAUCACCAAGUCGAUUAUGGGCAACAGGCCCACACAGAACCUCCAAAGCGAUUCCGCAAGCAAGCCGUCGCUUUUUCUGAACCCAAAGUACAACAGGAAGCACCUGGAAAUCCGGUUACUGACCACGGAUAACCAACUUCUAUUUUUCGAGCCCGCAAAUUCAAACGAUCGCACCGGGAUUUUGUCUCGGAAAGCCGGGGAGGUCGCACAGAUCAGAAGGUUGCAGGAAGUGCCAGACGUCGUGUUGACUUCCAAUUCCACCUGGCGCUUGAAGAAGGACGGGAUGUUACUGACCAGGUCCACGGGCGCCUUCGCGGUUUGCGAGAAGAAGAUCCGAAGAGACUCGAGGGUCAACAUCAUGACGCCAAUUCGGGCGUCGAAUAUUCUGCAGCAUUUCGUGAUGCACUACGAGUUUGGCACAACAACUUCGAAUGCAGAUGGUACGACACCUGAGGGAACAUCAAGAACGGAGCAACAGAGCCUGGCUCUCGCGCUUCAGCAAGCGACCGACGGGAAGACUGCGGGUAGUUCCACGGCAAGUAGAAACUACGCCAACAAGGCUAUAAUUUCCACUACUUCCACGCAGGAUCUCACUGAGGAGCAAAUCCAAGAGCAACUGGAGGAGCAGCGGUAUGAGCAGCAGAAGUACCUGGACGCUUUUUCCCUUGCGCCGGCCGCCAUGCCCUGGCUGCGGGUCGGGACCUCGAUCCAGGGGCAACUGCAGCUCGUGCCGAAGGCCGACCAGGAAAAGGUGCUGGUCUUCUACAGCCCACAGAUGGCGAAGAAACUGGUCGAGGAACACGCGCUGCAACGACAAUACGGGAACAAGGCGGGGUCCUUCAAGAAACAGCACGUCCCGUUCAUGACGCGCGUCCACCGCGAAAGAAAGGCGAUCGAAGAAUCGCUGGUGACCCUGCAGGCGAAAGCGCACAAGACGGUGACGGAAUCCUUCGAGAUCCAAAGUUUGCAGAGCCGGUUGGCCAACGCGGAAGGCUUUCGGCUGUUGCUCUUGCGCAACCGGUUUGACCCGUUUUUCGACGGCUCGCAGCUACUCGGGCUCGACCUGGUGCAGCACUCGCACGACAUCAAGGAAAAAGCGUUGGAGUAUUUCCGGAUGGCGAGCUUAUACACUAAGGCGUUUUACAAAAAGAAAAAGGAACUCGAUGCGGUGUUUGGGCAGAGUGGGAAAAACGGCGUCACGUCGAGGAGCAACAGUAAAACGAAAGCGGAGUUGAAUGCUGCUACUGAUGACCCGGAACUGAACCAAUUGAUCGCCGACGAGCUCGCGAAGCACCACUUCGACGCGUAUAAAAAAGUGAUUUCCAAGCAGGUCUGCCUGCCUGGAACCAGCCGCAAGUGGUCGGAGCCGGUAUUUGACGUGGAGACGAAUAAGGGCCCGGACGAAAGAAAGGUGUUGAAGACGCACAUCAUCAGCUUGCGACAAGAGGUCCCGUUCAACAUCCACGACCCGUUUGACCCGUUCUGGAUGAAGUGCGAAACGGACGCCGCGGAGUUCCACCGGACUCUGGUGAGCAGCAAGCACCACACGCAUUUGGUCACUGGGAGCAAUCAAGCCAACGCGUUUGGCGCGCACACGAAGCCCGGAUCACUCCUGGCGACGCAAAAUCAGAAACAGAGUUCCUCUGUCGAGAAGAUCCAGAAUGUAGCGCCGGGCUCGGCGGCAGCAGCGGUGGAGCAGUAUUUGAGCUCAAACAGCAAGAACACCGUUUCGAGCAACCUUCUGUCCGGUGGGAGAGUAGGCGGCAGUGCUACCUCGCCUUCCAGUGGCAACAACAUCUCGUCUGGAAUCCUCAACCUGGACAGCACCAAUGUAGGAAACAACAACUCCGCAAAUAACAAGCAAGUUGACGCCAUCACCUCGAUCUCGCGGCAGCACGAGAAGCAAGCGCUGCAGCGCAUGAAUUCUCUCCUCCGGAAAACAGGGCAGUUGCGGGAGGACGCGAGGAAAGCUUCGCAGCGCGACAAGGACGACAACCAGCCGACGGAGGUGGAUGACAGAGAGAAACUGAAGCAGAUUGAGGAGGAAAAGAAAAAACUGCUCGGCUUCGCCAUGGGCCUGGACAACGUCGCUAGCAAGGUGCAAAAAGUGCAGGACAGCGUGGAGAACUCCGGGCAAAACAGCCCGAGUGGUAGCAGACAGAGCCCGGGGUUGUUCAACUUUUUCCCCGAAAACGCUUCUGAUUUAGGCGAAGCUGGACCUCCAGGUGGAACAGCUGGUGGAGGUCUGAGCCCGUCCGAUGGGAUGAGUCUGAAUGCGAACACCGAUGCGAACAGCGUUUUAGACAAUGAUAGCCAGCCAGCCAGUAUCACCUCCCGCUCCAGGGGCGGGUCGCGCGGCGGACUCAUGUCGCCGACGAAGGCCUCGAUGCAAAGGAAGCAAGUCGCCAGAAGCAAUUCCGCCGCAAAUGACAAGGACGCGCCGAACGCCAACAGCCCCAGCGCCGCGUCGAUUUUAGGGGGAACGAGCAGUGCGGGAGGUUCUGGCAUGAACAAGGAUACUGCAACUGCGAAGGACCAGCAAACCACGAAGUCCAAAGCCGUGUCCUCCGCCUACGAUGCGCAGAUGCGGGAGCAAGCGGCGAAAGCCAUGAAGAAAAGGGUGGAGUUUUUGAAACUGAUGCAAGAAUCGUUUCUGAAAUUAAGGUUUCUGCACGCCUGGCCGGCCUGGCAGCUGGAGGAACUGUUCAGGGCGCACGUCGCGCCGGUGAAAAACGGAAAGAACGGGGGAAAAACGGCAGGAGAUUCUCAUCAACAACACCCGUCAAAACAGCACUGGCUUCUGAACGAGUCCUUCCUCCGAACGUUACAGCACGGCCCGACCUCUAUGCCCACGCCAGAAAAUUGCCGGCAAGUCGCUGACAUGAUUGAGAAGAUGAAGCAGCUGCUGAAACAAGACAUCCAACCCCGGAACACGCCCAUCUUCCUCCAAAUUGCGCUGAAAGUGCUAGAAUCCGCGUACUUCUUAUUGCAGAAAAUGCACCUGGCGUGCGCGAAGGUCAAUCCGGAGCCGGUUUUCGUCACCAGGAAGGAAGCUUUGCGGAUUCCGCGCAUGUUGCACCGCUGGGAGAAGGAAAAAGCACGGAGAUUGGUCCCGUCCGAACGGGUGAAUCAGUUGCCAGAGAUUUUGCAGAUCAAGAAGGAAGUGACCGAUUUGAACACGCGGAUCGUCAGCACGCGGGGGAGGAUCAAUUGGACUCUCUCUCGACUGGAAUUCAUACAUCUGCGGAGCCUGAAGUCGACCGAACCGAACGGGACGAAUUUGCUCGACAUUUUGAAGGCCGUGCAGCAUUUGCUCGCCGGGAUUCUGCCGGAGGAUCAACUGCCGUUGCACUUCAACGUCCCCGCUAGGCCGAAAUACAUGGAGUCCUGGAAGCCCGGGAUCCAUCUGAUGCUUUCGGAUUUGGCGAAAUUCAAAAACGCGCUGUUCGACGCGUGGCAGGACGUGGAAGAUCUUUUGGCAAAAGACGAGCUUCUGAAACAAGCGAAAAAACAGCAGUCGCGGUCACGGUCAAACUCCCCAGCUGGUGGAGCUGCAAGAGAAAAGGAAAACAACAAGCAAACAGAGGAACAAGACGAGGAGCUGUCUAUCGGGAGUUACUGGAAACCGCAUUUGCGGAGAUUAAUCAAGGCGUGCGGGAAGCCGCUUUCCACCGGGAUCAACGAACAGCGGUUAGCGAAUUUCAAGCACUGCCGGGUGGUGAUUUCUGCUUUGACGCUGGACCCUUAUACCGGGAAGUUCACGAACGUGACGUCCAUGUUCAAGGAUGACAAGGCUUGCGCGUUUCUCUUCAAGUUCGUCCAGAAUCUCACCAUGUUGAAGGAGAUGGUGGAAAAGUUACUCGAGUUGAAACAGGAGUCUAAAGAGGUCGAGGAAGCGGGCAUUUUCUACAUCUGGGAAACUGAAACAAAACGCGAAUUGGAACUGCAGCACCGGAACAAGGGCGAAAUCGCCAGGAUGCGUGAGAAAGAGGCGCUGGCGGCUGGCGGAGGGAGCGGUGCGGCCGGAGCAACUUCUUCCACCGGCGCUGUUGCCGACAAAGACGUCGACGACGCCAUCAAAGCGGCACAGGACGAAGCGAUCGCCGCGGCGGCGACCAAGGGGAGGCUGUCAAGCACGACGAGAAAUGUGAUGGAGAAAAAGCGAGCGAAGUUGGAGCAACUGGAGCAAUUGUUGUUGGCCGAGCAGGAGAUCGCGUUCAGCCAACCCGAGUUGGAGAAACAGUUGUCUGGCGCGGCGGGGACCGAGCAGCAAGAAGAUCCGGACUACGUGAACAAAAAAGCGAAGCACGAAGCGCUGUUGCUCGCUCUCCGCGCGGAAAAACGCGAGCUGGACGCGAUUUUGGCGAACCAGCCACCAAGUACUAGUGCCGCGGGGGCGGCGAACAAGGGGCUGUUGCGGAGAUCCUCGACUGUGUCGCUAGAGAAGGCUGAUAGUGGUGUUCAGGAUGGCACUGACGGGACGAACGCAAGUUCAGCUGCGGCGAAAAAAGCGCUCCUGCGCCGUAUGUCCACCACCGGCUUGGACCACACCGGCUUAGAGCAAGAAGACUUACCCGCAAGCCUGGCGCCCUACCGAUUCGCGAACGACGACCGCCAUCCGGACGAGAUUUUGCCUGGGGGAGGCACCGCCGCAAAUAGCGCGGAAGGGAAUAAGCAAGCAGAGGACGUCGAAAGCGCCGGCGCGGCGACGACCGCGUUGCAACUGCAAUCGCCCUUGAACUUGAAGCGCGGCCUGCCUGGUCCACCGAUGAGCCCAAGACAGGCGGGUGCCAUAGCGGUGGAAGCCGAUAAGAAGUACUUGCGAUCCUUGAAAUCGGUCGAGCUCGACGGAGGGCAAAAGCAGCCAGAUGGAACAUCAACGGCAAAGCAGCAAGAUUUCACGGCGAGUAAGACCCCCGGGGUUUUCGGUGGGUUAUUGAAACAGGAGAAGUACCACAAGCAACAGAAUAUUGAGAAGCAGAAGAUCCAGAAGCAAAUGGAACAGGAAGUUCCUCGCUCGGCGUCAGAUUUUUUCACUGGGGUAAAGCGAUUAGAUAAAGACUUGAACAGCAGCUACUUUGAGUUCGAGCUGCACGCCACGUGGCGCGGCAGACGGAUCGGGCUAGAACUGGAGAAGCAACUCGCGCAGGAGAACGGCGUGGAAAUUUUCCAGAUCUCCCGCUCCUCCAACGACACGCUCGGAUUGCAGUGUGUGGUUGAUAAAAGUUUCCUCCGUUUGAAGCAGGAUUUGUGCCAAUUUCUCGACGUUUCCGAAGUUGCGGAGAACGAACAAGUGGCGUUUUUCCACUACCAUUCUGGCGCGACGCAGCAUUGGUUUUUCGACCCGGAGAGUGGGACCGUCAGGACAUUUUUACUGGAAAGAUUAGAGGAGGAGAAGAAAAAACCCGGGGCGAACAAAGCGAAGGCUGUUUCCUUUGGGGAUGCAAGUACAAACAACAGCAGCUUCUACGCCUCUCCUGGUAGCCCGGCUGCGACGGGGGCUCUGCUCACGGGGACCAGGGCGCCGGGCCAGACCAGAAGCGUGUCACCUGGCGGCACUGCUACGAUAACCAGUUCGGACCGGUCGCUUUCGCCCGACGACGACGACGACAUGGAACAAAUCCACGAUCCCCGCCCGGGCUUCAUGAAGACAACCUACGCGAGAAGGCUCAAAAAGCGCACCCACGUUUACGACCCAACCAUCGGCGGCGCAAUCCCGGAAGAGGAGGCGGAGCUGCAGAUCCACGACCAGGUGGAGGCGAAGAUUAUUGGGGAAAACAACCGCGUCACGAAGUUCACGCCGAUCAUCCAGCAACAGAGAAAAGAACACGAGAAUCAGAUGGGGGAAAUGCUUGAGAAAUGCGACUUGUCGCAAUUCGGGAUGCUACCGUCUGGGACGACGAUAGAAUCCGCGGCGUUUCCGAACAUCAAUUUACCUGCCUACAUCCGGUCAAAGUUCUUUAACCCGACUCUGGAAUACGUGUCCGAUGAGGACGAGAACGGAAAUGUGCUGAAGCGCGCAAAUUGGAUUUUUAAUGUCGAGAAACCAAGGACAACCGCGAAGCACGAGCAGCACAAGAUGCAGAGACGAUUUUUGAACAAGGGCAUCGUUUUGUUGCCCGCGUCGAACACUUUUGCCGGUACGAAGGAGUUGAACCUGAGAAGGUUGGAGUGGGCCGUGGAGGAUUUUCACGACGACGACUACCACAAGCCUGCCCACGUGAAUACAGCGAAAAACACCCACGGGGUGAACUUCACUCCCCGAAGCCGGUCCUUGACGCCACCGAGAGAUGGAAGACGAGCAACAGAUAAUUACAAAACAUCGGAGUCGAUGCUCCUCCCCGGGCGAAGUCGCUCCGCCGACGCGGCGGAACACUACGAGAGACAGUUUUUGAAGCGCAGGUCGACGCUGAUGGGGAGUUCGAAGAAUCUGAAAUUCAACAAGUCCUCCCACCUGCGCACCAUCAGCCUCGGAAUGGGCGGCACGGGUGCCGGAUCGCCGGUCGCGAGCCACUUCGCGAAAACGCUGUUUCAGCAGCAGAUGCAGCUGAUUUCCACCAGCUCGCUGUCCUCCUCCGCGUUCUCCCAGUUUUCCCAGACGACGUCGCUGCUUUCCCAGCACUUCAUGCAGAAAGUCAACCCGUUUCGCGUGGAAAUGGUCGCCAGAAGUUUGCAGAACAAGUUCGACGCGACCGCCGCAGACGAGCGAGCUUUGCUGAAAUUGUACCGGGGGAGAGUGAUGGUGUUGGGAUUGAGGAAUAACAAAGUGGUCCUAGUGCCGGAAGGAAGCAGGGACCAGCUGGUGUUCUUGAAAAAUGUUUGUAUUGUGACAAACAAGGUGAACAUGGAUAGAGAAGGCGGGAACAAUGUGUUAUUCACCGACGAGGACACUGCAGGGGAUGACGGAACAAUCGGAAAUCAACCAGGAGAAGACUUGGCGGAAUUGCAGCUGCAGUUGUUGCAGAAGAGAUGAGAUGACGAAGUAGAAAAGUUUUUCUUUUUCAAUUUACCCAUUCCCUUUGAAAUGAAAAAUUCGAGAUCGAUCGUAUGGUUAUCGUAUUUCCUUGGAACUCAAUCGUAUGUGUAGUGGUACACUUUUCAUCAUCGCGGUGUACUGUGUUUUUUGCGCAUCAACGGUCGCAUUCGCAAGGUAGCACUACCGUAUUGCCAAAAUAUUUAAUUUCCCUACAUUAAUCGAGAGUUUUGAGUACUUCGCACUGAUUUUUCCGGAUAAAUUUCGCUCUACCAAGUUCUACUUUGAU